AAUUCGGGUCAAAAUUGCUAGUGUUAUCCGAUGACUGCUGUGUGACCUUGACUCUGUCAGAACAAUCACGGUGAUGCCUGCCUCCAGCUCCAAAGCUCCACUCGUCUUCGUGACGGGCAACAAGAACAAGCUCAAGGAAGUGCAGCAGAUUCUUGCCUCGGGUACUGGCGAGCUCCAGAUCACCAAUCAGGACGUUGACGCUCCGGAGAUACAAGGAAAUACUCAAGAAGUUGCCAUUGCCAAGUGUCGUUACGCUGCGGACAAGCUUGGAACAGCCUGUUUGACGGAAGAUACUGCCCUGUGUUUUGAAGCUCUGGGCGGACUUCCUGGGCCGUACAUCAAAGACUUUCUAAAGACGCUGGGCCAUGAGGGUCUGAAUACACUCCUUGUAGGAUUCUCAACGACCAAAGCAACCGCUCUGUGCACAUUCGCCUACUCUUCUGGACCGGGUCAAGAACCCAUGAUUUUCGAAGGCCGAACUGAGGGUCAGAUCGUCCCUGCCCGGGGACCGACGCAUUUCGGUUGGGAUCCGAUUUUCCAACCUGACGAAGGGCACGGUCAGACAUAUGCAGAAAUGGAUGGAGCGGAGAAGAACAAAAUCAGCCAUCGGUAUAGGGCUCUGGAAAAGCUGAGCGCUUAUCUUGCUGAGGAGACAAAGGGAGAGGCGGAGAGUCGGUGAUCUCUGGAUUCGCCGUCGGCAGGAGAGGCAGGUCGGGUGAAGUCGGUGUGCGGGGACUCGACU